AUGUUGUCAACUAAAUCAUUGAUUGUCCUAUUUAUUAUCGCUACUUCAAUAGCAGUGUCCAUCUCAGCCGACUCAAUCUACGACUUUGAGUUUGACUAUGAUGAGUAUGAUGGAGCCGACUCCUACUUAACUCAUCGCGCCUGCCGCGGCAAGUCAUUCAUCACAUUGCCAUUGGGCACCAAUGGUGGUCUGGACGAGAGCAACCUGUCGUCUUUCUUGCUGGCCCGUCGCGGCUCCAACGUCUUCAUGGCAAUGGACGCCGGCACGAUCUGGAACGGCAUCAAGCAGUACAUCAGCUCGCGCAACAACGUCUUUGACAUCCAGUACCCCGAGUACGCCGACUCCAAGGACCAGAAGAUCGCCUGGUUCAUCCGCAAUCACAUCGUCGGCUACCUGCUUGGCCACUCCCAUCUCGACCAUCUCGAGGGUUUGAUCGAGGUGUCGCCAGAGGACUACUUGGCAAAGGCCACACUCGACUACCAGCCCGCCAUCACCGACGGCAUCCUCAGGAUGGUGCGCGCCCAGUUCCCCAACGUCACCGCCGCACCCGUCAUGCUCAAGAAGAAGGUGCUUGUCGGCCUGCCCCAGACAGUCAACGCCGUAAAGAACAACCUGUUCAACAACAUCCUCUGGCCCAACCUGCCAAUGUUUGGACGCUAUGACUACGUCACAAUGACCAGCAAUGUCUCGGCCAAGCUCAGCGACGUCGCCCUGCUCAACACUGCCACGGCCAACAUUGCCGGCACCAUCUUUGAGAACAUGACCCUGACCCCCUACGAGGUGUGCCACAACGACAUCAUCUCGACCGCCUACCUGUUCACCGACGACGUCACUGGCGAGCAGAUCGUCUUCUUCUCAGACACUGGCGUGCCCUCUGGCAACUACCCAUGCAACUGGCAGGAGCGCAUCUGGGCCGUGUGGAGAAACAUCAACAUCUCCAAGCUCAGAGCCAUCUAUUUGGAGAGCUCGUUCGUCAACAGCAUGCCAGACUCUGGCAUGUUUGGUCAUUUGCGUCCAAAGGACAUCAUGGCCUUGAUGACCGAUCUCUACAACAUGUCCAUCCACACCGCACCCGUGCCAUCAGAUUUGAGCCAUGUCAAGUUGAUCAUCCAGCACAUCAAGCCACUGGUCAAUGCCAACCCAUCCGGCUUGCCAAUCCGCGAGCAAAUCUACGACGAGUUGCAGCAAGACAACAACAUGCAUGUCAAGGUCGUCAUCCCCAAGCAAGGUGUUCCAAUCUGUUUCUAA